AUGAGGACAAAGUCCAUUAGAGGUUAGGAUUAUAAUUAGAGUUAGAAUAAGGAUUUGGGUUAUGGUUAGGUUUAGGGUUAGGUAAAAUAGGAUUUUGAAUGGAAAUACAUUUUAGGUCCCCACAAGGAUAGAACAAAAUGUGUGUGUGUUGAGUUCAAUCUCGAUUGGCAGGGAGUCAGGGACUGCCACUUGAUGUCACUCAUAAUUUCUGUCGCCAUGACUCACUACGGUCGCUAGGGUAUGUACUGAACACUGAGUCGAUGUGCACACAUUUAUCUAUCUAGCCCAUUCAUUACGGCGUAUCAGCUGUGGCAGUGUUCCAAAAAAAUCUACUUCAUUAGUGAAUAAAUUAACGCUCCUGAACCUUAAAGGAAACAUUAUAAUAUAGAUGGUCAUCUGGAGAGAUGGCAUAAGUACAGAACAUUGUGUGUGUGUGUGUGUGUGUGUAAUGAUUGCUAACUAAACAAACUACCCACAGAGAGCGAGAGGAAGGGGUCGAACACGGUCGUACACUGUCCUCAAACACAGUCUUUUCCGUAGGAGUAAAAGCAGAGGUCAGCCCACACCAUCCCCUUCAUCGUGUCAAGCGUCUGUCUCUCAGGUUCAAGCGUCACAAGUGGUUCACCUCUAAAUGACUCGGGGGCCGUACACUACUGACUGGCAGUCAAAGGAGGGAGCAGUUCUCAUAAUCAGAUACAGUGUUUUACUCAAUAUCAGCUCCUCUUCUUGCUCUACAAGGUGAAAUACAGGAACCUGAUCCCAGAUCUGCUUGUGCUCUUGCCAACUCCAUUGCUGUCGUUGUCAAGCCAAACAUGUUUGGCCUGACAAUGAGUUUAUGAUAGCACAAACAGACUGGCAAAGGCAGUUGAUGCUAGAUACUCUAGUGCAUGCAGUAUCCUCACUGAAAGAGGCGAGUGAGUGUGGAGUGACUCGCACAUCGUUUAAUUUUAGCUGCAAGUGAUGGGCAGGACUCGCAGGAGUGAGUCAGGGUGUGAGUUGACACCCGAACUGAGCCAUGGGGUUAGGCUGUUCUGAGGGUUACUUCUGGGACCGCCUGGUCAGGAAGUGUCUGACCUGUCAGAUGGUCUGCCAGCAGCCCCAUCGCCACCUCAGAUGCAUCGAGUACUGUGUGUCUCUGGGGUGUAAGGCGGUCCCAGGGCAGUACUAUGACAGGCUGUUGAAGAAGUGUCUGAGGUGUGCUGCGGUGUGUGGCAGCCAUCCCUCAGAGUGUUCCCACCAGUGUCAGACCCAACAGCCUGCCUUGAAUGGAAUCUUGAGGCCUGUGGAUGGGAAUGCCUUCCAGAACCAUACCAUCAGGGGGGGCUACCUACCCAGAAGCCUGCCUAACUCAGCCAUCCUGGUGUACUCUCUGCUGGGCCUGUGUCUGACUCUGCUGCUGUUGACCCUGUCUGUGGCUCUGCUGGUACUGCUGAGGAGGCCCCCCCGACCAGGGGCCACACAGAACAGUCACACCCAGGGUAAAGAAGGCCAGAAGGGCCAAGAGCCUAACCAGCACAGCCAGUCCUCCAAAGACUGCCUGAUGGAUCCAUCCCUGCUCCAGAUAAACAGUGUGACACUGAGCCGUUCGUCCAGCCCCACAGAGACUUGUGUGUGUGUCCACUGCUUCCCUGACCUCGGAGUGCCUGGCAGGGGAGAGAAGCAGCAGAGACCCCCACUCACCCUCUACCAGCAGGCUGUCCCCCAGGACCUCCACUCUCCUACCAGAGCCCCUCAGUGUGGGUCAUCACAGAGAAUAAUUUGCUCCCCUAGUCAGCCCAGCUUCUGAUUGGUUCAGUUCUGCAGACUGGACACUAAAUAAACAACUCUGGAGAGAUCUGAUACCGCCCACUCCAGGGUGAAGUUUCCCCAAAGUACAGAUCUAGGAUUAACUUAUCCUCCCCAAUCCUAACCUGAACAAUUAGUGGGGGGGAAAGAAACACUGUCCCAAGAUCAAAUGUGUGAGCAGUCUGGAGAGCAGAAAUUAAUAGGUGAAGGAUACAGGAGAAACUGGAGUGAGACAGAAGCGAGUGACAGAACAUUAUAUAUGCCUGUACAGAUGUUGGAUCUUCAUUUGAGCCAGUUUUCUACAGCAGGAAACUAAUCCUGCAGCAACAAGAAAUGUGAAUUAUGUGGAUUAUAAUUAAUGGACAUUU